AAACCUGACAAAUAUGAUUGGACUAUUUGCACAGCUUCUGGAGUUACAGUGAAUGAUGAAGUCAUCAAAGUUUUUAAUGAUAUGAAAAGUAAAGAAAUCUUCUACACAAGAGGAGAUAGAAAAAGGAAGAAAACAGUUCUCUUCUGCUUAAGUGAUGACAAAAGACAAAUAAUUGUACAGGAAGCAAAGCAGAUAUUGGUGAGUGACAUUGGUGAUACUGUAGAGGACCCCUACACACCUUUUGUGAAGUUGCUACCUCUGAGUGAUUGCCAAUAUGCUUCGUACGAUGCCACAUAUGAAACAAAAGAGUCUAAGAAAGAAGACCUAGUAUUUAUUUUCUGGGCUCCGGAAAGUGCACCUUUAAAAAGGAAGAUGAUUUAUGCUAGCUCUAAAGAUGCCAUUAAAAAGAAAUUUUCAGGUAUUAAACAUGAGUGGCAAGUAAAUGGCUUGGAUGAUAUUAAGGACCAUUUGACGCUUGGAGAGAAAUUGGGAAGCAAUGUAGUAGUUUCACUUGAAGGAAAACCAUUAUAAAAUGCCAGUCAAGUGCCACCUAGAUCUUAAGGAGCUUCUAUUUCUCCAGCUCAGUCCUUGGAAUAGUAUUAGGUCUAGUUUUUUUGUUUUAUUCCCCUUUCCACUGGGCCCUUCCAACACAAUGAAUGAAGGAGUUAUCAUUCAUUUACACAACCUAUCAGUGAUUGCCAUGAGACUGUUUAAUAUUGUUACUUUUAUGUAGAACCUAAGGAAUGCCUUCCUGUCAUAUUUUAGCAAAAAUAACUGGUUACAUGCCUCCCUUGUAGCAAGCACUACAAUGAAUGUGUUUGUCAGUGUUUGUCAAUGUGAAUAGCUUAGAAUACUGCUAAGAGUAAGCUAAUUGAAUGCCUUGAAAGUAUUAUCCAUCAGUCAGAUGGUAAACUUUUUUCAGUAUAAUUUGAAGUUGCACCUGAUUGCAAUCUGUGAGGCUCAAGCAUUCAAACACCUCACCUGCCUUGGCAGGCCUAUUUUUGUGACACGGCAACACAGAUAUAACACUGCAUUAAAAGCACUUUUUUUUUGAGACAUGUUUAAUCUCCCAAAAGGAAUGCCAAUUAAGUUUCCGUUAACUUUCAA